UGAGGGGCACAUAAAGGAGAAGGCUUUCUGGAUUAGGAGAACAUUUUUUCUCCUGUUUGGAGUUGGGAGGCCCUGCAGCUGUAAAAAUGUGGAUAGAAACCAAAACAGAGGAGGAGGAGGCCAGCAGGAGUCGGGCCAGCUUCAGUCGGCGAGUGCUGAAUGGUCUGAUGUUGUGCACUGGAGACAUGGAGCACUUGGAUAAGUACAUCCAGGAAAAGUGGUUUGUGCUGCGGCUGGCUGUGUGGGGGCUCAGAGGAGUGGCCAGAGUGAUUCUGGCCAACAACCCACUGAGCGGAGCUCUGAUCCUGGCUGCCCUGUACUGGGCUUCCCCCUGGCAGGGCCUGCUGGGAACUCUGGGUGUACUGGCCUCAACUCUCACAGCUGUCGUCAUUGGACAGGACAGUGGCGACGUGGCAGGAGGUCUUCACGGAUUCAACGGCAUGUUGGUGGCUCUUCUGAUGGGAGUGUUCAGCUCAGCUGGAGACUGGUACUGGUGGCUGCUGCUGCCUGUCUGUUUGGCCUCAGCUACAUGUGUCUUUCUGUUCAGUGGGCUCACAACGUUACUGGACCACUGGGACUUGCCUGCUGCCGUGUUUCCCUUCAACAUCAUUAUCGUCCUUUACCUCCUAUGCACUGGAACGAACAACCCUUAUUUUCCUCGUGACCCAGUAGUACCACCGGGGGCAGUAGAGCCUAAUGACACAGCGCUUAUAGCAGUAGAGGUGAUCCGUGGCAUUCCUCUCGGUGUGGGUCAGAUCUACGCUACUGAGGCCCUUGGACCCUCUCUCCUCAUCCUGGGGGCCAUUGUUCUCUACUCCCCGCUGCUGGGCGUCCACGCUGUGCUGGGAUCAGCAGUGGGAACACUGGCCGGUUUAUCCAUGGCAGUGCGUCAUGACUCACUUUACUCCGGCCUGUCGGGCUUCAAUGGUGCUUUGGGCUGCAUGGCCGUUGGAGGACUCUUCUUCACCUUCAGCUGGAGGACCCACCUCUUGGCCAUCGCUAACGCGUUUCUCUCCGCAUACUCAGACAUCGCCCUGAGCAACUUGCUAGGAACUGUGGGUCUCCCAGCAUGCAGUUGGGCAGCUACUCUAACAACCACACUUAUGUUGUUGUUGACCGGAAGCUUAGCAGGAUACCGCAUCCCCAUUGGUCAAGUCAAAGCCCCUGAAUGCAACAUGUGCUCGAGAAGCCAAUGGGAAGCUGGAAACACGGAAGAGAGGGAGAGCACGGAUGUGUAGCGGAAAGUCCCAUGUGCACUUUACACCAACUGGACCAAACACAGGUAGUUUUAACCUUAAAAAAUUAUGUUAGCUGUGAGUUUUUAUACUGAAUUUUAUAUAGACACACUUCCAGAGGUGCUUCUUAAUCUGCCCAUAUAGUGACAAUACAGUAAUGUGCAAAUGUUUUAAACCAUAUUUACUUUACGUUUCCAAGCAGUCUGCAUUCUUUUUAAUAUUUCUUCAGCUGUUGUUUUUUCCUCACAAAAUAAAGCUUUUUACAGUAGAUAAAGAAAUGACUGGAACAUCAUCUCUUUAAGAAAAAUCCAGAAAAAAACUGACAUAAAAUCUGGAUUCAUCAUUCAUAGGUUGGUGUAUGCAAAGCAGCUUUUUAGGAAUAAUCCGUCUGGGUUAAAAGUAUUUGUUUCAAUCUGUGAAAUUAGUUAACCUUUUGUUUUCUUCAUUUUACUUUUAGAAAUGGGAAUAAUGGAGACAGGCUGCUGUUAACAAAGUUGUCUUUUUUUCCUCAUACAUGGCAACAACUUAAAAAAAACGUUUUGGGGCUCUAAAUUUGAAGAAGUGAAACACUUUUUGUGAAACAUAAAGCUCUGUUACCUCCAUGAAGCAUGUGUAUUGCUUAUGAUUCUCUUAACCUAUACUUAAUGAAUGAAUGCUGAUUGUAAUUAUUACUGAGUGUCUCAAAGUGCUCAAAAAAUGAUUGGUUAAAUUAUUCCAAAAAAAUAGAUCCAACUGACUUGCUGUUGAAGUUUGUACACUAAGUUUAUGUGAGUCAAUUUUCAUCCAUGGCGACUGAGUGCUUGCAUAACAGCGAAUGACAAUAGGUAAGUUGGUUGUUGGGAUAAUGCAAAAACUCUAUUAGAAACGUGGAAGCAGUGAUGCACACUAUGUAACUUACUAAUGCCAGGGAAAAAUAUUAUUAUUAAAAACUGUAAAACGCAAACAAAAAAUCUUAGAUCACCUGCAUGAUUGUAAGAUUGUUGCUGGAAUGGUAUUUAUUCAUAGUAGAGUAUCUCAAUUUAACACAGAAACUUAAGAAAUAGUAUGACAGGACUCUUAGGAUACAUGAUAUUCUGUAUCUUGUAAACUGUAUUCUUUGUUUAGCUGCCUGUUUAGUUAUCCCUUCUUUUAGGGUUUUUUUUGUGUGUAAUAUUUUCCUCAUCUUGAGGUGAAGAAGAGGCAUCACAAGUCAGAAGGAAAAAUUCAUUUAAUAAACAUGAAAACAAGUUGCAUCAUCAUCUUUGUUUAAAAUGAAACAUCUUGAAAAUUAUUGUCAAUAAAAAUCCAAACUGAAAUCAGAAGUAAUAUUUUUUCAAUGUUUUUUUUAACCCUGCAUAGAUGUGCUACACAGCACUCCACUAAAAAUUCAUUGUAAACACAAAGUGUAUGUGUAAUGUAACUCUAUGCAGGCAGUUUGAAAUUUGUAAUGAUUUAAUGAAACGGACAAUGCUUAAGCCUGAUGUUGAAAGGCAACCGUUAUUUUAAAUACUCAUACAGACACGAUUGUUGUUACAAUUGCAUUAAAUCAAGUUGUGGUUCAUUCUUUCUUCUCUUUUCACAGUGCUUCAUGUUGACUGCAACAUUUUUUCACAACUGUUGACAUAUUGCGUUUUCUAGAACACGCUUUCCUAACUUUACACACACAUUUUUACAUGAUUAUCACAGUAAAGAAAGGAACUGUCCCACCUCCUUGCAGGUGCAAUAAAAAUCUUGCAACAGACACAACCAUCUAAUUUUUUUUUUUUUUUUUCUUUUGCUUUACAUCAUGCAAUUCACUUUUAGUGCUUUAUUUUUGUCUAUGUAAUCACCGCCUUUUUCUUUCAUUUCUUAUUACAAAUCACCUCACGGGAGACUUUUAAGGAAAAUUGUACAAAAGUGUCUAAGUCUACUGAUGGAACAUAAUUGUAAAUAAAAUAGUUGAAAAAUAAAUGCUUGCACAAGUAGUUGUGUAUGUUCACAUCAAAAUAAAAAAAAAAACAUUCAUUGUUCUACAUACUUUCAGUUGAACUGAGUGUGUUUGUGCUUCUUUUUGUGGGAUUUGGUGUGUGUGCGUGUGUGUUAGGGUGUGAACGAUGCGUAUAUGCCUCAUUGGGGUUUAUAAUAAAGGACGGAUGACACAGCUGUCGCAGUUUAAUUCUUCACAUGCCCACUCUUGCAUCCGCCUCAAAUGAAUGUCACACUUUUCACUGAGUGGCUAUGUUUAAGCAUGAGUCAGCCAUGUAAGUGAUGUAUAAUAAUGGAAGGUACCUGUAAAAAAAAAAAAAUAAAAGAACCAAGGGUAAAAUUUGUUAGUGUGUGCAUAUAUAGCUAUAUGUUUUUAGCUUUUAUUUUCUGUUUUUCUAAUGAGUUCUAGCAUGCAUACAUUUCAAAUGUCCUCCUAUCUUACUACAUUUCUGAUGUAGUAACUGUGAACUGUGUGGCUGCUGCUACAAUUUGCUGAGCAUGGACGUAAACCAGGAAAACAAAUAACAUUCACCUCUACAGAGUGUUAAAACUCACCUAUAGUGUCUUCAUUUACAAACUAGCAGCUUAAAUAUAGUUUAGUAAAUGUAAUGACACUAAAUGUCCCACUGAACUACUAAGAUGUUAGUAGUCAAGGCUAAAACUACAAGGCUUCCUUUUCUUAGAAUUUGUCAAAAGUAAACAACAAAUUACUCAUAAAGUGAA